AUGGAGAAAGCAAAGUCCCCCUUCAACCAAUCUGAGUCCAUAGCCGAAUUGGCCAAGACCAACAGGGAUCUGAUCUCGUGCUAUGAGUGUCCGGUGUGCUUCAAUUACGCACAUCCACCCCUACGUCCGUGCGUUAACGGUCACAUCUUCUGCGACAGUUGUAGGAGCCGUUUAGACAGGUGUCCCGUGUGCCGUCAGGAAAAAUCGCCGGCCAGAGAUUGGGUAUUGGAAGCUGUGCACGACAAGCUCUAUUUCCCGUGCAGGCGAAGCUGCAGGAAGAUGGUUAGGGGUGACUUGCUGUGGGAUCACGAGCAACGGUGCCCGGCAAGAAAGUAG